AUGGAGUCCCAAAUGCGAUACGCCUUGUCCAGUUCAUUUAACGACACCGAUCGUCAGAAGCUGAAAGAUAAGAAAUGGCCUUCUUUGGUCCCUUUCGAACAGGAGGUGCUUGCAGGCCUUGCAGAAGGUUCUUGCAAGACCACUUUUCACUUACCUGGAAGCGGAAUCGCUAGUCAGUUCUUUGAUGAAUGCUCCGGUCCUAAUGGUCUUCCCGUUUGCCUCCUGAAUUGCUUCGCUUCUGAGGGGGAUAAUGCCGGUGAUGCUUUGUUUGUUGUACACAAAUUAAGCCAAUGGUUAGAUUUGCUUCCAGAAAACAAGACCACUCUCCCUCCUCACGAUGUCUGGCGUGCCCCAUCUUCAUGGUGUUUGUUGUACGGCAAUGAGAGUGGCGGUGAGCCGCUACGUGUGAUGAUGGACUGGCCUCGUUCCAGUGUAUCACAAUCUAUGUGCAUUAUGGAUGUGACAGUGACUUGUCCGAACUUUGUUGACAUGGAGAUGUUCGACUACUGGAUCCAGGGUCUUUCUAUUGCUCAAACAUGUUCAGUCUUGGCAUCUGAUCCUUCAAUGGACGAAUUUUCGCUCACAGGCAACAUGCUAACUUCCCACGUGCGAGAUCAUUUCACUCAUUUUGCUCUACUCGAGUCCGGCCUUCGACAUCCUGAGUUGUUUCUUCAGGCGUGCGCUUAUCGUCAGUUACCUGUAGCCACACGGAAACAUUUGGUUCAGAAGUAUUACUCCAUCGAUGAACAUCUCUUGCGAGAAUUGGUUGGACGGAAAUUAUCAGCCAAGACACGUCGGGAAUUGUCCGAAAUUGCCGAGCGAUGUGAUUUACGUGUUCGCAGUUGCAAACGCCAGUUUGACAAUCUAUUAUGCGUGGCUCGCCGCACAGAGGAUCUCCCCGGUCGGUUAGUGGACAAUAUUAAAACGCAUUUUCUGCUACCGGAUUUUCUGUGCGAAUGCUAUGCCGCAGUGGUGUUCAUUCUUAACAAUCGAUUUGAUGUCCAGAAGCGUAGUCUAGCUUACAUCACUUUUGGCGAUCUGGUCUAUUGUGCCGGACAGUUGAUGUCUCAGUGGACCACCCUAGCCAAAGAUACCAAAAGCGAUGCAGCUGCUGCUGUGGAUUUGGAUUUGCAAUUUUUUCACGAUCUCCGAGAAGUUAAAUCGUUGGCAGAAAAGAAGGAGUAUCUUGAUAAGCACAAAACACUGGUGGCGCGUGCACUAUAUGAAGCGAAAGCAACACAUAUCCCCUCAACCUUGGACACGAAUUUUAAGUCCAUUUCAAAGGCUAUUAUCACCAUUGCAUGUGGUCUGACUCAUGCGAAGGAAAUGCGCGAUUUUUUUCUGGACAUUGUGGAAAAAUUAAUUGAACCAAUGCGAGUUCUCGGAUGGCCACCAAACGAGGUCAAACUGUUUUUCGACGCCUACGGCUCAGCUGCUUCCCAUGUACCUCCUACCAAGUCCAUUGUAUCCGCGAAAUCUAUGCUGCGAUACGCCUCAAAGGCAUGA